UGCAUGCCGCUGUUCUAAGUUGAAGGAGAACUGGGAAGUGACUGCAACCAUCACCUCAUGAAUCGCGAUGAGGGGAUGGAGGGCCAGAAACAAUGCACGGUAUAUCGGUACGGUGUCGGCGAAAUGGAGCGGUAAUGGAAGGGAGGUUAAUUACCGUGAGAGCUUCUUUGAUCAUCCCUCCACCUGAACUUUCAAGCACCAUGAUAGUGAUGGAGUCACAGAGGACUUCUUCAGACACGGUGUGGAUGAACAGACCAGCAUCUGUGGCAUGCAAUGGACUGCGUUAUGGAUCUCCCACCUCUUCUCCCUCGCGUUUUCGGUUGGUUCUUUCUUCCAUGUCGAGGAGAUGAUGCAGAAGAUCCCCUUCGAAUUCUGUGUCAAGAC